UUCCGGAGACCUUCUCCCUUACCUCACCUCGCUCAUCAACUCAUCCCUGACCGCUGGCUACGUCCCUUCCGUCUUCAAGAGAGCGAGAGUUGCACCCCUUCUGAAAAAACCUACACUCGAUCCCUCCGAUGUCAACAACUACAGACCAGUAUCCCUUCUUUCUUUUCUCUCCAAAACUCUUGAACGUGCCGUCCUUGGCCAGCUCUCCCGCUAUCUCUCUCAGAAUGACCUUCUUGAUCCAAAUCAGUCAGGUUUCAAGACUAGUCAUUCAACUGAGACUGCUCUUCUCUGUAUCACGGAGGCGCUCCGCACUGCUAAAGCUAACUCUCUCUCCUCUGCUCUCAUCCUUCUAGACCUAUCGGCUGCCUUCGAUACUGUGAACCAUCAGAUCCUCCUCUCCACCCUCUCCGAGUUGGGCAUCUCCGGCGCGGCCCACGCUUGGAUUGCGUCCUACCUGACAGGUCGCUCCUACCAGGUGGCGUGGCGAGAAUCUGUCUCCUCACCACGCGCUCUCACCACUGGUGUCCCCCAGGGCUCUGUUCUAGGCCCUCUCCUAUUCUCGCUAUACACCAAGUCACUUGGCCCUGUCAUAACCUCACAUGGUCUCUCCUAUCAUUGCUAUGCAGACGACACACAAUUAAUCUUCUCCUUUCCCCCUUCUGAUGACCAGGUGGCGAAUCGCAUCUCUGCAUGUCUGGCAGACAUAUCAGUGUGGAUGACGGAUCACCACCUCAAGCUAAACCUCGGCAAGACGGAGCUGCUCUUCCUCCCGGGGAAGGACUGCCCGUUCCAUGAUCUCGCCAUCACGGUUGCCAACUCCAUUGUGUCCUCCUCCCAGAGCGCUAAGAACCUUGGCGUGAUCCUGGACAACACCCUGUCGUUCUCAACUAACAUCAAGGGGGUGGCCCGUUCCUGUAGGUUCAUGCUCUACAACAUCCGCAGAGUACGACCCUGCCUCACACAGGAAGCGGCGCAGGUCCUAAUCCAGGCACUUGUCAUCUCCCGUCUGGAUUACUGCAACUCGCUGUUGGCUGGGCUCCCUGCCUGUGCCAUUAAACCCCUACAACUCAUCCAGAACGCCGCAGCCCGUCUGGUGUUCAACCUUCCCAAGUUCUCUCACGUCACCCCGCUCCUCCGCUCUCUCCACUGGCUUCCAGUUGAAGCUCGCAUCCGCUACAAGACCAUGGUGCUUGCCUACGGAGCUGUGAGGGGAACGGCACCUCAGUACCUCCAGGCUCUGAUCAGGCCCUACACCCAAACAAGGGCACUGCGUUCAUCCACCUCUGGCCUGCUCGCCUCCCUACCACUGAGGAAGUACAGUUCCCGCUCAGCCCAGUCAAAACUGUUCGCUGCUCUGGCUCCCCAAUGGUGGAACAAACUCCCUCACGACGCCAGGACAGCGGAGUCAAUCACCACCUUCCGGAGACACCUGAAACCCCACCUCUUUAAGGAAUACCUAGGAUAGGAUAAAGAGAUCGGAA